GAGCUUUUUCUAAGUGCACAUGGCCUGACCACAGUUGGCUGUCGACCUUUUGGGUUCAUCGUUUUACCUCAGAGUGAAAGAUUAACGUGCCUAAAAAUACCAGCUGCACAAAAAUAAAAGCCAGGCGGUUUACAACGGACGUGACUGUCGAGAGAGCUGCUGUGUUUGAGGUUAAUGAGCACCAAUAACCGCGGGGUGAAGUUCAUUUGGACGCAGCUCUUCCUCCACAUCGACUGAACCUGUACUGUCUGACCAGCGUGAGGUCCAGGCCACUUCAGUCGAGUCACGAGAGAAAGCCAUGGAAUGUGAAAUGGGAGUGUGUUUGGGAGAGAGUGAUGGACUAACGUUUUGGCUGGCCAGAACACAGGACUAUGAUGAGGUGAUGGCCAUAUCGAAAGGCGUCUAUGGAGGCAUAGACUACCUACCUCAUCGUUAUCACAGCUGGAUGACCGAGCCGAAUAGAGUCACCAUAAUCGCCAGGAGAGAUGGGAAGCUGGUGGCACUGGAGUCUGGACUGGUAGUAGAUGGGGGCACAACAGAGGUGGUGACAGGGCUACGGGUGUGUCCGAGUGAACGAGGUCGUGGUCUGGCUGGAGUGAUCCAGAGAGUGACUGACAGAUACAUUAAGCAGGUUUACCCAAGUGUAAAUAUCAAGCGGCUAACAAGAAGUGAUGACCCAGGACCUGAAAAACUAUUCACUGUUCUGGCUCGACGGGCCGUGCUGUCUUUACAAGGAAAAGCUGAGACCUUUGAUAGCUUUGUUUUAGGCCUGAAAGCAAAACUGGCCAACAUGGAGAAGUCAGGUGAAGUCACAGCCACCUCCCACGAACUAGUUGUUCUGAAGGACAGUCAUCACCUGAAGGCCUUACUCCUAGACCCUGACCUGUCGUCCAGAUUGCAGCUUCCAGGAGGUGCCAUCAUCCAAGACUGGCUGCCUCUGAAGCCGAUGGAGAGCAAUUUGGAAGUCUUAAGAAGAAGUAACCUUUCCUGGUUAGCUGACAUUUCCAAUGAUAAACCCACAUUCAUGAGCUGUUGCACACCUCCCUACCCUGUUCCAUUUAAUGGAGGGUCUUUAAGGUUGAACAUAGAUAUGUAUGGAGAAGUUCUUUUCCUGGCAAUAAAAGCAAUGAUAAUCCAUUUGGAACAGGUAAGGGAGCAGAUUUACGGAGGUGUGGUGGUUCAUAUCUACAUACCUCAUAGUCUAUGGGAGGGCAUGAAAAAGUUCUGUGAGGGAGAUGAGGGAGUGAAGCAAUACAUGGAUUUCUGGGAGCAGCUGUUUCUGGAGAGAGAGUUGUCAUGAUGGGUAGAAGAAGACAAAAAGAGUAUCAGAUACAUCUUUGAGAAUCUCAGGGCGAGCCCUAAACAUUAUUGGGAAAAUCUAAGGCGUCACUUAGAUCAGAGGGUAUUAAGUAGCAGUAUUUUUAGCAAGUACAGUUAAUUGUGUCACAGCAGAUAUUUUGUGCCAACAUCCAGAAACAUGGUUGCUAUGGUAUAUGCAUAUGAUAGGAAGUCUUUUGUAUUUAUAAGCAUAUAUUUUAUACAAAAGCAUUUUUAAUGGCUUAGUCAUCCUGUAAUUACCUGCAUAUUAGGCAUUAGUGGUUUUGUUAAAACUUGAUGAAAAAAGCAGACACACUAAGCUCUAUUCUUUAUCCACAUAAAAUAGCAACAAAUGCUUUAUAGAAAUGUUAGUGCAUUGAUAUUUCUUUGUUCACUAAAA